AGUUCACAUAUCGUGCCGAACCGCUAAGAUAGUCUACCAAGACUUCGAUCUCCGUCCUGGCCCCACCGUACAGAUGCGUGAUGGAUCGCCGUUGGACACCUUCUUCCUGAUGAAAGAGCUGAGCUGGAGUAAAGCUAGAGAACGGCGUCUGAUGAGAGUCUCAUUGCGGAAGACUCGAUCGGCUCGGCAGCAGAGCCAAUGCACCGUUACACCAUUAUAA